AUGACGGCCGGGCUUCCAUCGGAGCAUCUGGUCUACCCAGGCGACUUGACCCUUAGCGAGUCGCCGCUCAGCAGCCUGCCACCCGGUUUCGAGGUGCAAGGCGGGCUGUAUAUACACGACUGUUUCAACCUGCAUCUCCCCGUCGGCCUUGUAGUCGGCGGGGACUUUUCGCUCUCGUCGGCUUGGUAUCGCACCCACUUCAUAGAAUUGCAAGACGACACAUACGUGGGUGGCGACCUGAGCGUGUCCUCCACGGACUUGCCGGAAUUGCCUGAGCGCCUGGUGGUUGGCGGCAUCGCCAUCUUCUACGAGUGCAGAUCCCUAAGUUUAAAGAACAUCCCCCCUAGUGUCACAAUCAAAGAGGGUCUCAUCAAAGUAACUGCCUGUGACAAAGUGUGGGAGGAAUUUGAUUUGAACCGUGACCUGGGAGCCCACUAUGGCAAUAUCGAUAUCCCUCUCCGAGAUGUAUUGACGCUUCGUGUGUGCCUCGGCUGUAUAGCUUGA